AUGGAAAUAUGCAAGAAUUUAUUUUCAUUAUUAUUUUCCAGAUUUCAAAUGGCCAUAUUUUUCUGGGAAAUGGGACAAGAACCAAUUACCAGUGCCAUUGUGGCUACCAGAUUGUGUGGUGUUAUGUUUCAAAAAUUACCCAAAUAUGAUAAUGAAUUAAGAAAAAAUUUUGAACAAGGAAAAGAAUUAUUUGAAGAAUUAGCAAUUAAAGUAUUAGAUGAAUGUCAUUCAGUAGAUCCUGAUAAAUCUAUGAUGUUAGUAGAGAGGAAAUCACCAAUGUGGAGUAAAAUGACUUGUUUACAAAUAGCAGCUUCAGCCAAAGAUCAGGUACUUUCAAAUAUAUUUUUAUAUCUGAAACAGUGCAGGCAGUCUUUUUAA